UUUCAGACAAACUCUCUCGACUCAUCUUUUCUCGGAUUUCAUUCCGAGAGCUCUCAAUUGUCUUCUCUCAAACUUUUCCUCCAUAUAUAUAUCCUCCUAUAUCCUCCUAUUGUCAUGUGCGGCAUUUGGGCCAUAAUAGGCGAACAAGUCACCCCACAACAGCAGGAUGCAUUUAUGAAGAUUGUAGGACGUGGUCCAGAUCUUACAGUUUUGGAAGAAGUUCAACCGAACGUUCACCUCGGUUUCCAUCGUCUUGCAAUUGUUAUGCCCGGAGAUACUCCAAGCGCUCAACCAAUUGUCGGCGGCGGUUUGUCUGUCGUCUGCAACGGAGAAAUCUACAACCAUCAGUCUCUCAAGAUUGACUGCCCGUUCACAUUGAAAAAUGGUGGAAGUGAUUGUGCCGCGAUCAUUACGUCAUUUAUCAAGCACAAUAAAGAUCUUAAAGAGGCUUGUGCUUCAUUGGAUGGAGUAUUUGCUUUCAUUAUGGCAGAUGAUAAGAACGUCUACAUCGGAAGAGACCCGAUUGGAGUCAGACCACUUUUCUAUGGAUACAACUCAAAUGGUUCACUUCUCAUUGGCUCAGAAGUCAAGUGUAUUGAAGAAUUGUGCGAGAGAGUUGAAUAUUUUCCACCGGGAUGCUGUGCCACUAUCAGCUUGUUUGCACCAACUCGACCAGUUCAACCACAACAAUAUUACAGUGUCCCAACAAUUGCUGACCGAUUUUUAAGCAUUGAUUGCACCAAGACAUUAGUCCGUGAUGUUCUUGUAAAAUCUGUUGAGAAACGACUUAUGGGAAACAGAAAUUUUGGAUUCAUGUUGUCAGGUGGACUUGAUUCUUCAUUGAUUGCUUCAAUUGCCACACGUUUUUUAAAACAAAAACCAAUUGCUUUUUCUGUUGGAUUCGAAGAUUCACCAGAUCUUGAGAACGCGAAAAAGGUCGCAGACUAUCUGAAAAUUCCACAUGAAGUUCUCGUGAUCACCCCACAGCAAUGUAUUGAUAUUAUUCCAGAAGUAGUAUUCGCUCUGGAAACAUUUGACCCGCUGAUCAUCCGAUGUGGAAUUGCCCACUACUUGCUUUGUCAACACAUUUCAAAAAGUUCUGAUGUGAAAGUUCUGUUAUCUGGAGAGGGAGCUGAUGAACUUUUUGGAAGUUAUGCUUAUAUGCAAAGAGCUCCAAAUGCACUCCAUCUUCAUAAAGAAAUCCUCCGUAGAAUGCAUCAUCUCCACCAAUAUGACGUCCUUCGUUGUGAUCGAUCCACUUCUUGUCACGGACUCGAAAUCCGAGUUCCAUUCCUUGACAAACGAUUCAUCGAUCUUGUGAGCCGUCUUCCACCAUCAUAUAAGCUUAUGCCUAUGAAAUUAGAAAAACAUGUUUUGAGAAGUGCUUUUGAAGGAUGGCUUCCGGAUGAAGUUCUGUGGAGAAGCAAAGAAGGUUUCGCCGAGGCUCUCGGUAAAACUGAUUUGGGAGAUAUUCUCGCUGAACAUUGUGAUAAGCUGAUUUCAAAGAGUUUGUAUGAGCGUCGUGCUGAAAGAUUCCCGGACAGGACACCAGAAACAACAGAAGAAUAUUGGUAUCGCCAAAUUUUUGAGGACACCUUCGUCUAUGAUAAGAUGGGACAUUUGGUGCACACUAAAGUUUAUAGAACGGCUGCCUGGCACCGACCUGACGAGAAGGAGAAUAUGCACCUAGAAACCGAGACAUUGGAUGUAAAAACCGAUGAUCUUCUCCGACUACGACGCCGAUCAACUGGAUCACUUGGUGUUGCCUAAUCAAUUUCCAUUCACUUAUAAUUUCAUUUAGAAUAUUCUCAUUUUUGUGUCUGUAUUUUUACCCAGUUUUGCGCCUUUCAAUCCCCGUUUUCUUCCCAUUUUCUUCCCAUCCACCCAUUCCGAUCGUUCGAAUGUAUUGGUGUUGCCUUGUCCCAUUUCUGUCCCGGUUAGCAUUUCAUUUCAAUUUCUCGUCUCGCCCGAAAUUAGUACGUCGUCUAGGUUAUAACUGUGUUUCAAUGUUUUUUCUUUUCAUUUUAUUUAAUAACUUUAUUUUCAUGGACAUGACAUGUCAUUCCAUGAUUUAAUUUGCUAUUUUCCAAUGUUUCAUACAAAAAACUGUUGUACAUAAACAAGUUUUCAUU